AAGUACGCUCUCCAGGAGGGCCAGCCCAUCAACUCCGUUCUCGACGGCGUCCUCCCACUGCACGCCGCCGCCUCUGGUGGCUCAGAAAUCGUCGUCAGGCUACUCAUAGAUGCUGGCGCCGACGUCAACGCCCCCCGUCUACCUCGCCGCUACAUCACCUCCUCCUCCUCUCACCCCUCCCACCACCAUGACCGCCACAAAGCAGAUAGGGACAGGGAUAGGGACCGCGAACCACGCAUGCCCGUGGGCACCUCAGGAUCCACCCCACUCCACUUUGCCGCAGCCAAUGGACACGAG